UCGUGAAGCGGAAGUAGCUGCUGUCAGAUCCAUGGCUGCAGGAUGGAGGUGAGUUUUGAGAGGAGGCAGCAAACUGUUUAAAAUACUGAACAAACAAGCUGAAAACCGACCGGUUUCACCGAGCAAACAUGAAGACGGUGUUUGUCACCGUCGGCACAACGAGCUUCGAUGAGCUCAUUGAACGCAUCACGUCGUCAGAGGCCGUUCAGGCUUUGAAGGCUCGUGGAUAUGAACGCUUGGUCCUUCAGGUUGGGAGAGGAUCUCUCCUUCCAGCUGCUGACAGCUGUCCACACAUCACACUGGAAGCUUUCAGAUUCAAAGACUCCAUAGCAGACGACAUGAAGCAGGCUGACCUCGUCAUCAGCCACGCAGGGGCAGGAAGUUGUUUGGAGGCGCUCGGCGCAGGCAAACCUCUGCUGGUCGUCGUCAAUGACAAACUGAUGAACAACCACCAGCUGGAGCUCGCCAAACAGCUGCACAUGGACUCACACCUGUUGUACUGCACAUGCAGCACGCUGACAGAAACUCUGACGACCAUGGAUCUCUCUGUUCUUCAGCCCUUCUUACCCGGGCAGCCGAAAAACUUUGCAAAUUUUCUGGACAAAGCCCUCGGUGUUCAGUGAAACUUUAUUUUUCUAGCGCUGUUUUUUUUUCCUGUUAAGUGAUGAUUUUCAGAAUAUCAUAUCAGUCGAUUGUGACAAAGAUGAACUUUUCUAUUCCUAUAUGCAAUAAUAAUAUAUGUCUAAUUUCGAA